ACCAACAACAUUUGCGACUCGUUCCCGAUGUACAUGUCGGUCGACUACAUUCGCGUCUGGCAAGACACCAAGACGAUGAGCGUCGGCUGCGACCCCGCCUCGCAUCCAUCUAAGGAGUUUAUCAAGGCGCACAUCACCAACUACACGGAUCCUCGCAACCCGUAUAUCAUUGUGGCGGGAGGCGCGACCUGCAACACCGAUGACGACUGCACGUCGGCCGCCAGUAUCACGGGCUCGUGCAUCAAGCGCCGCUGCAAGUGCAUGGGCGUCUGGACUGGCCCCCGCUGCACCAAGUACGACCUCGAAGAGUCGACGUACGGCCCGCCGAUGAUCGCGAUGGCGGGCAUCUUCGGGGCUGCCUUCCUCGGUCUUGGUUUUUCGACUUUGGUCCGCAGCCGACGAAACUCAGUUCUGCUCCUGCAGCACGAACAUGAGCUCCGCGCCGAGAAAGAGCGAAGCCACUCGGUGGACCCUCUGCCUCCCCAAGCCAUGACGUCGGAGGUCAGUAUCAUUAUGGGCGACCCCCCGAAGGUUGCCCACGACCACGGACCGUCCCCGUAGCGGUAGUAUAAAUGGCAUUGCG